AUGUCGUUCCUAAAGAGCAGUCGUGUGGAAAGCCCUUGGCAGUGGCUGGACGUGGCAGCAAUGGAGACCGUGACCUUCAGGAGGUCUCCUGGCAGUUCUGAGCUGAGCUGCCCCCGUAUCCUCCCCUUCCUGGGCCAGCCCCCAGGAAUGCCCCACCUUCUGGGUCUUUGCCGGUUCCCAGGCCCUAGCCAACACAUAGGCAGCUUGCAGGAGCGCCUGGCCCGCGUGGAUGCUGCUGGUGUUCGCUUCAUCAUAGUCAAUGAAAAGUCGCCCCUGUCUCAGGCCCUGCAUGGAGAGCUAGAAUUCCACGCACCCCCUGGCAUACCCGUCUACAGCCAGCAGGGGCCUGGCCCUGACAUCUGGAGCAUCCUCGGGGGUGCCAAGGAUGACUUCCUUGUCUAUGACAGGUGUGGCCGCCUGACAUUCCACCUCCAGCUGCCCUUUAGCUUCCUGCACUUCCCCUUUGUGGAGUCGGCCAUUCGCUUCACCCACCGGCAAGAUCACUGUGGGAACUGUUCUUUCUACUCCACCCAGGUGAACAGCACAGACGAGGGGAAGGCUGAGUCACCGACUCAGUCCCCUAGCCCAGAAGGAGAAGGGCAGGAGCCCCAGGCUGAGGGGCCCAGCACCCACAGGCCGACUCUGUUGUCUAGCACCCUUCACACAGCCCAUACCCCUGGUCCUGUCCGCAGCCGCGAUAAGAAGCCACCACUUGGCCACAAUCUAGAGCAGCCCCCCAAUGAGGAGGCCACUGAAUAACCCUCCCAUGGCCAUGGUUGAGGCCAGGCCCCCACUGCACAGGCAGGCCCCAAGAGGGCCACCAACCCCACUCCCAACCUCAUCCUCCGUCAAUCUGGCCUGUUUCAGGGAAAGGAGAAACUGAGGCGUCCCUGGGGCCAAGGUCACCAUGGAACAAACCCAUCUGUUUCCAUCAAAGCUGUGGCCUGCUUGCCUGUGGCAUUGGCUAGCUCUACAUCUUACCCGCUGCCCCUUCCUCCCUCAAUUAAUGAUGCCCACAGUGAAACCCGGCGAGCCGGCCAUGGUGGGCUGAUGCCACAUAGAGAGGGGGAAUGAGGAGGAGGCUCCAUUGUCCAUACCCAGGUGUGACUGCAAGCCAACAUGAGGCACCAACCUGACUCAAUACAAGUGCUCAGAGGAGUGGAGGGCUUGGCGAAAUGGUUAAUAAACUCCUCUCCCCAGA